AUGGAGAAGAAUUUAGUAAUUCCUACUCAUCUGGACCCUCAGGAAACUUCUGUUUGUCAGGGUGAGGAACUGGAGCCCUACAUAGAGGCCCAACUAUACAUCAGACGGAUGGAACAAGAGGAGGAGACAGGCCCAGAGGAAAAGACAGAUGAAUCACUGCUUAAUGAUGAUGAACCAUCAGAUCAGAGUGCCCCUUUGACUACAUACCCUCUUACUUUGCCUGUUGUGCCUUUCUCCUGUGCCACUGUACAGUGGGAUAUUCAAGCCACUCCCACAGAGCUACCCUCCCCUGAACAGGACACUUAUUCCACAGAUGAGCUUAAUUCCAGUGGUGGAGCUAGCUUGGAUUGGACUGAUAAUCCUCUGUCUACGGACAUGCCCCCCUCUUUGAGUGUACUGGAAGACGGACCCAUUGAUACUCAUGCAGAGGAGGACUGUAUACAAAGAGACAAUACCUUGGAACUUCAGGAAGCAGUCGCAUUAGAUAAGAGCGACAGUUCCUACCAGGAUAGUGCUACACAAGACUCAGAUAUUAAAACAUGUGUGACACCCCCACAGGAAGAAGAUCACACUCCAUUUAAAGACAAUGGAGACACCACACAGGUAGAGGAGACUGGUCCAUCAGAGUCCCUACAGCCUCAUGAGACCAAUGACAAUUCUCCGAGUCCUUUGAAUAAAGAAGAGAUCUCAGCAGACCAAAAGAGUCCAGAAUGUGUACUGAAGGACACGGAGGACCCAGUAGAGCACACAGAAGCAGACUCAAGGCAGGAAGAUGAAGAGGAGGACAAGAGUUCGGAUUCAGACAGGGAGCAGAGGACUGAGCAAAGCAACCCUAAUUACAAUGGAGAAUACCCAGAAGCAGAUGUUAUUUCUCAAGACACUUCUGAAAGGAAGCACUCAGGUGAUGUGAUGGAGAGCAACACAUCAGAUAUCAUAAAUCAACAAGUGCAGAUCACGUGUGCAGACCAGUUGACAGAGUCAGUGGAAAAAGAGGAGCUAGAUCCAGAGGAAGAGUCAAAACCUGUAGAAGAAACUGAACCUGUAGGACAACUUGAAGUGCAAGAGGAGUCUGACCAUACAGAGAAAUCAGAGAGGGUGUCACAUGAAGCACCUCAAUCCAACAUUACUGAACCAACAGAAGUAUCAGAACAGCCCCAAGCGCAUACUGAAAAAUCAGUGGAGAAUGGACAGUCAGAAGACUCUGAGCAGUUAGAGUUGACUGCAAAACCUGACAUCCCACAACAAGAAUUAAUAGAACACGCAGAAACAUCAGAGCUUCGCAGUACUGAUGAGGUAAAUAAAAGUGAUCAGUUGCUGACACAGGACCUAUUAGGCCAUAUAGGGAAUACUGAGCAGAUGGAACAUUCAGAGCAGUCAAACGCACAAGAACAGCCAAUAUGUUCAGUGGGACUGGAAUGUUUAAACGAGACGGAGCCGUCACAGCAGAGCAAACAAUCAGAAUGUUUAGAACAGAGCGAACUCUCAGAGCAGUUAGAACGCCCAGAGCACUCAGAAUUCACCGAGAAACUGAAACAGUCGGAAAGCUCUGAGAUGACAGAAUGUUCGGAAGUGACCGGACAGUCUCAACUGGUGGAAGAGACGGAACCACCAGAUAGCACUGAGAAGUCAGAGCCAUUACCACAGAUGGAGAAGGAACAGCCGGAACAAGUGGCUCAGACAUCACUCAGUCAGUCGUUAACACCUAACACAGAUGAGAAGGGAGAGCAGCUGGAGGAACCAGUGCUCACCCCCGAAUCCAAAGACAAAGCUGUCCCCUAUGUAAACGGGAGAGCGGAGAGCGUGGACAGAGAGGAGGCUCGCAGACUGGCAGAGAGACUGUACAGAUUGGAGGGUUUUCAACGCAGAGAUGUGGUUAGACACCUAGACAAAGACAAUGACUUCAGCCGUGCUGUCGGAGAGGAGUACCUGAAAUACUUUGACUUCACAGAUCAAAGUUUGGACCAAGCUCUCAGGUCGUUCCUUAAGGUCGUGGUUCUGAUUGGUGAGACACAGGAAAGAGAGCGGGUGUUGCAGUUGUUCUCUAACCGUUACCAGCAGUGUAACCCCAAGGUGUUCUCCUCAGAGGUAGCAGUGCUGACUCUCACCUGUGCUGUCAUGCUGCUCAACACUGACCUGCAUGGACAGAAUGUUGGCAAAGCCAUGUCCUUGUCUGACUUCACGGCUAACUUAGACGGGAUGAAUGAAGGGAAGAAUUUCCACAAAGAUUUGUUGAAGAAUCUGUACACUUCAAUCAAGAAUGAACCCCUGGAAUGGGCAGUAGAUGAGAAGGAACUGUUGAGCUCCAUGAUGCUGGAGGGGGACGCAGAUGCUGAGGCAGCACCGCGCUCAAAGAGCAACCCUUUCCAGGAUCUGCCUCAUGACAAGAAGGCCACAGUGUUCCAUAAGGGCUUCCUGAAGCGCAAGGCCCAUGCAGACAUUGAUGGCAAACGCACUCCAUGGGGAAAGAGGAGUUGGAAGACCUUCUAUGCAGUGCUGAAGGGAAUGGUCCUCUACCUACAGAAGGAUGAGUACAGGAUGGACUGGCAGAGUUCAGAGGAAGUGGUCAGUGUGCAUCAUGCCCUGGCAGAGAGGGCACUGGACUACACCAAGAGACCUCACGUUUUCCGUCUACAGACUGCUGACUGGAGGGUCUUCCUCUUUGAGGCUGCUUCCACGGAGCAGAUGAACCUGUGGAUUGGGCGUAUAAAUCUGGUGUCUGCUCUUUACUCCUCACCUCCAUUCCCUGCUGCAGUGGGAUCGCAGAGGAAGUUCUGUAGACCCAUCCUACCUGCUACACAGACCACCCUCGCCCUGGACAAGCAGAUGCAGUCCCACGCAGCCAUGCUGCAGUCUUUCCAGGAAGACCUGGCCUCCCUACAACAAGGACUCCCUGAGGGCCGCAGGGCCAAGGCCAGGGAGCUGGAGGAGCACAGGCUCAGAGAGGAGUAUCUACAACACGAGAAAUGUCGCUAUGAGAUGUACAUCGUGAUGCUGGAGGCAUGGCAGCAUGUGGACAAGUCGUUAGAAUGUACAUUCACGGCAGAGAAUCUUAGCCUGUUUGACCAGGAGGUGUGGAAAGGAAUGGAGGAGGAAGAGGAGGAUGAGUCGGAGGGAGCUUUAAAGAGAUCUCACUCCAGCCCGUCCCUCGAGCUUGAGCUCGCUCCUCCCCCUGUGGUCAAAGUGAGACGCAACAUCUCCGAGAGACGAACUUAUCGAAAGAUUGUCGUCCCGCGACGAAACAGAGAGCUCUGA